UGGCGGAGUCACCUGAGAGCGAAGCCGAGAGCCGGACGGGACACACUGCUUCUCUCUGGGAGACGACCAGCCUGCGAAAAUGGCCACCGAGUCCAGACCGACCUUUUUGAAGAAUGUGUAUCUCCACACCGAGUCCAACAACAUGGCCCACCACACGGAGGAGAUCGCCGUCGAUAAGCUGAUCGUGCGACGGGGCAAACAAUUCAUCGCUACCAUCAGGCUGAACGAGGCCUUCAACCCCUUCCUCAACCCGCUCACCAUCACGGCUCAGACCGGAGAUAAGCCAAGCGAGGACCUGGGAACCAAAUCCUCCUUCAACAUCCCACCUGGAGCGGGGGCAUCGUCUUCAGCGAAGGUGGUGUGGAAGGGAGAGCUGCACAGGUACUCCCCUGUGAGAAGGGGCGUCCUGCUUGUCAUGAUCACCCCUCCGGCCAACUGCCCCAUCGGGAAGUACAAGCUGCUCGUCAAAUACAAGGGGGAGGAGACUGAUCUGGCAGACCUGGUGGUCCUCUUCAACCCCUGGUGUCCUGAUGAUGCCGUUUAUUUGCCCUUCGAGAGGAAGAUCAAAGAAUAUGUGCUAAAUGAACAGGGAGUGAUUUUUAGAGGGAGCGCCAGGUCCAUCAUGUCAUUGGACUGGGACUUUGGGCAGUUUGAGGACGACAUGGUGGACAUCUGUAUGAAGAUCCUGGAUAGCAAUCUGCACCACAAGGAAGACCCGGCUCGUGACGUCGCUUCUCGCGGUGACCCUGGCUACGUAGGCCGUGUGAUCAGCGCCAUGAUCAACAGUCAAGAUGAUCAGGGCAUCUUGGAAGGAAACUGGAGUGGUUACUAUGGAGACGGUCGAUCGCCGACUCACUGGAGUGGCAGCCAUCCCAUCUUGAGCAGGUGGUACAAGCGCGGGGGCACACCGGUCAAAUAUGGACAGUGCUGGGUGUUCGCCGGGGUCAUGUGCUCAGUGAUGCGCCUGCUGGGAAUCCCCUGCCGUGUGAUCACCAACUUCGUGUCUGCUCAUGACGUGGACAGGAACCUGACCAUCGAUACGUAUUACUCUGCCAAAGGGAUAGAAGAGAGACCGAGUCCAGACAGCGUCUGGAAUUUCCAUGUUUGGGUGGAGGGAUGGUUCACCAGACCGGAUCUGUCAGCGCACGGCGAUUAUGGUGGCUGGCAGGUUCUGGAUCCAACACCUCAGGAGACCAGUGAAGGGGUUUAUCAAUGUGGUCCAGCCCCUGUUAAAGCCAUCAAGAAAGGCGAAACACACCUGAGUUACGACCUCCCGUUUGUGUUCGCUGAGGUGAACGCGGACUGCAUCGACUGGCUGGUCUUCGGUGAAGGCGAGAACGCGAUAAUGAAGGUCUUCUCCGACACCAAGAGAGUCGGCCAGAACAUCUCCACCAAAACGGUGGGAUCCAAACACAGGAGAGACGUCACGGACACUUACAAGUUCAAAGAGGGAACGGCGAAAGAGAGGGAAGUCUUUCGCUACGCCAUGACCAGAGACUACUCCCUGGUCGAAGAGUGGGACGAGGAAGAUGAAGAAGAUACUGAAGAUGAGAUGGACACCCCAGUCACAGUGCCAGUUGACUUGACCCCGCCGCCAGAACUGACCCUAGGGUUUGAAGAGGAGACGCAGCCGAUAAACGGCAAAGAUGUGAAAAUGAAGCUGGUGAUAAACAGUAAGAGCACCGACCCCAGAGAGUUCACCAUCAACAUCAGCGUCCAGGCGAUGAAAUACAACGGCGUGCCGACCGUAAACAUCCAGAGCGAGAAGUUCAUAAAAACUCUGCUGCCUGGACAAGAACUGACAGUCCCCAUCGUGAUCCCGUACUCGGUCUAUGGCAAACACAUGGUGAGGAGCGAAAGCAUGAAGAUCGACGCCAUCGUGACGGAGAAAGACGUUCCAGAAAACACGUACCUGGCCGAGUGUGACGUGGUGCUGCUGGACCCGGACAUGAAACUCGAGGUCUCUGGAGAGUUCAAACUGUUCCGCAAGUCCUCUGUGGACGUCAUCUUUGAGAACCCGGUUGAGGAGACACUGACGAACUGCACUCUGACUGUCAGUGGAACCGGCCUGCUCAGAGAUGAAUUCAACUGCGACCUUCCAAAUCUGAGGCCCAACCAGAGGGUUCGUGUCAAGGUGUUCUUUGUUCCCUACAAGAGAGGAGAGAAGACUCUGCUGGCUGACUUUGACUGCUCUCACUUCAGAGACAUCAAGGCCAGCGCCGCCAUCAACGUCAUAAUCUGAGCGGCUUGACGUCUCGCUGCAGCUGCUGUUCCUCUUUCCCCUCACGCUUUCUGACUUUCCGGGAGAAUAAAAUGUGUUGUAUGCAUGGACGUGUAAAGGACGGAGCUGUGGAUGUAUUUUCUGGCUGUAAUGUUUUGGUUUUUUCCAACACUGUGGACGAAGCUUCUCUAGAUAUGUGUCUCACUGCUGCUGUCUGCUGCUUUCCAACAAAACCAAAGGAAUGAAGCCCAGAAACAUUCUCUUGUACUCUGAAUCUGCAUUUUGGGGUUUGUGGGAACGUGUGAACGCCAGUAUUAAGUAACCACACAUUACAGAACAAAUCAGACAUUACAGUACACCGCAGAACAAUGCAGCUAAACCUGAAAGAAGAAGACACAUGCAGUACCUCUCUCUAUUCCUGUAUGCAUAAAUUCCAAACCUGCAGCUUGAACUGAAUUGCCUGCUUGUUCCCUCAGAGGGUCGGAGGCAGAGAAAACACCCUCACACAGAUAUUUUCAUACUCAGGGUUGAUGCAUGUUUCCUAACAAGAGGCUUAAUGGUGCUCAUCAGUGAUUUUUUUUAAGUUCUUUUUUUUUUCACUCAACGUUAAAGUUCUGGAGUGUGUAGCUGUGAGUGAACUGGUGUUAAAGUGCCUCCGUGUGGUUAAAAAAAAGCAUUUUCCAAGGUUACUCUGUUUCUAAAUGGAUUGGGAAAAUAAAUAAAACGGUUUCUGGAGA